CAAAGCUGGCUGCAGUGACGUCAACAGCAGCCUCAUCCCUCCCGCCCUCCGUACUGGCCCUCCCCUCAGCGCGCGACCUGGUAUUUGAAUCCAGCUUCCGCCAUUUUCUUUCGCUUCCUCACAGACGCUUCUGGAAGGUGAGAGCUGAUUUCAGCGAGCCCUGCCAUCCGCCCUCCCCCCAUCCUCAAUCCUCCCCGCAUCGCCGCCAUCCCCGGCCCACCGGACUCGGCUCCGUCUCUCAGCCCCAGCAGUGCCGUAGCGCCGCCGAUCCCCGUAGCUCUGGGCGGGAUCCGUGCUCGGUGAGUUGGACGGGAGCGGCAGCCGUCCUGUGACGGGUCGCGGGAGGGCUGCGGCGUUGGCGCGCUUUUCUGCCAGCUCCCCUCCCGAUCCUCCCCUGUCAGUGUCCGGCUCACUUACCGCUCGCUGACCGGCUGACACCUACCUCCCCGCUACCGCUGGCCCCGGCUCUAGGCCCAGCCAGUCGCUGCUCCCCGCGGACGGGCCUCCUCCCACCCCGUGACUAGACACUUACACCGUGCGGGCACGAGGCGGCUCAGCUGCGCAUCUGACGCUGUGCCCUGUAAUAGUGCGGCUGCGGAUUCCCGCCAUCACCGGGGGGGGACACGGGGGGGGGGGUGACCGACCAUCAUUCCCAUUAUGGGGAGACAGGAAGCACCCAGCCGCCAUUACUCCCCAUUCAUACCGCGUGUGCUGAUAAAUGGCGCGAGCUUUACACCCCCUCCGCCACCCAACCCCGAGAGUGCUCACACGGGGCGACACUUCCCUGCUGUUAACCCUGUCAUAGCCAGCCCGGAGGGAGCUUCUUUGUGUCUUCAGUGUUGGCUUUUUCGUUAGACUGGUUGAUUGUGAGAACUUUUACCUCUUUGGUAUCUUGUCACGUUUUACAGUUUAAAAUACUGUGUGUAUGUGUGUGUGUAUAUAUAUAUAUAUAUAUGAUUUAUUUUCAGGCGAAAAGCUGUUCACAAUAGUUUCACCUUUUGUGCCAGGUGCAUGAGGUGCACAAAUGGCCUAUUUUCUAAACUCUGUAACUUUGCAUCUGUGAGGUCUGAUUUCUGUAAGACUUUGUUUACAAAACAAAUGUAAUAGUUUGAAACAACUUUAUUCAAUCCUAAUAGCUGUGGUGUGGAUUACUGAUUAUGCAAAUACAUUUGGCAAUGUGAUGAUCUUGGUAAAUAUAACUUAAUUUUACUUCAGAGGUUUUGUUUGGUUCUCACCAAAAUACUUUCUAGCUUGGAAUAGUGUAGGGUAGACCAGUGUUUCCCAACCCAGUCCUCAAGGCACACCUACCAGUCCAGGAUUUAGGGAUUACCCAGUUGUGUCUAAGGUGUUUUUUUUUUUUUUUUUUUUUUUCUUCUUUGUAAAAACACCUUAGACACAACUGGGUCAUCCCUAAAUCCUGGACUGGUAGGUGUGCCUUGAGGACUGGGUUGGGAAACACUGGGGUAGACCACCACUUAAAGUAUGUGUGUAAUUAGAUGCUAACGAAAUACAUAGUGAAAUAUCUGAAGUCUGUUUUGUGACCAUACUUUGUCUUUAAAACUGCAUAUAUUCUUCUAGCUACACAUGCACAAUGUCAGAAAGUCUGUAGGCCAUGUGCAUGACUUGUUAUAUCAAGCGUGUACUGAUGGUAAUCAAUUUAAUCUGUAGGUUGAAGCGGUUAUUAAACUCUCCUGGCACCAUAAUAACUUCAUCAAAGAGGUAUGGUACCUGGAGGUUCCUGGCACACUUAUUUUUUUGUUUUAAUCUCCAAAGUUUCCUCUCCAGUGACUUUUGACUUUUCCUCACUAUCUUAUCAGUUAGAGGAAGCUAGGGACAGCUGCUCAUUGGGGGUACCUUUCUCAGUCUGUGGGUUUUUUUUUUUUUUUUAAUAGGGAGCUACUGAUUGGCAUACCACUCUAGUCAGCGUCACGGUUGUCAGUGGCGUCCUCUAGCUGAUUUUCUGGAAGCGGGAUAUCAAGGAACAGCGCUUGAGACAACUUUGGAGUUAAACCGUUUCUAGGACCUCUUGGCACCAUAAUUUAACUUUGUUGUUUUGGUUCCCGGAUGGUUCCUUUAUAUGUGAAACAAUUAUGCAUGAGGAAUAAAAGUAGGUGAGAUAUAGCCAAACUCUGACAUGGUGAGGUGCUAAAGACCAGUUUUUCACCCCAGCUGAGAUCGUCAAUCCUGUUACAGUGGCUCCAGUGCCUAUAGUGUCUCUACUGUCCCUACACCAUAGCAAGACUGGGUAUGGCAACAGAAACUUAAUCAGACUGGUUUCCAGAUGUACUGAAGACCACAGAAAUGCACAAUGUUAGUUGUUAAUGCAGUGGUUUGCUACGGAAACUUAAUGCAUCAUUGUUAUGCACAGUAUUGCCUUCAGCUCAGACUUGGCAAUUGCCAUUGGAACUCUGGUAGACCCUUCUACAGUCUGGCAAAGACAGGUCUGUAGAAAGGUUAAGCAACUCAACUGUAACCGCAACUGGGGUGCAGAAAGAUAACAGCGGGUGAGCUGCACUCAUAAAUCCAAACUUUGGAAUUUGGUUACCUCAGACAGGUUAGCACUCAUUUAACUUGACCAUUAUAGUGCCCUGAGGGUGCCCCCUCCCGCCCGGCUCUGGAAGGGGGAAAGGGGUAAAAACUUACUUUUUUCCAGCGUUUGGCGGGGAGCUCUCCUCCUCCGUUCCUCCCCGUCGGCUGAAUGCGCAUGCACGACAAGAGCUGCGCGCGCAUUCAGCGGUCGCAUAGGAAAGCAUUCACAAUGCUUUCCUAUGGAUGCUGGCAUGCUCUCACUGUGAAAAUCACAGGCUUUGGGGGGGAAGGCUUAACCCAUUCAUAAACAUAGCAGUUUCUCUGAAUGUUUAUAAAAGAAUGGGUUAAUCCUAGCUGGACCUUGGCACCCAGACCACUUCAUUAAGCUGAAGUGGUCCUUUAAAUAUUUUAAGAAGUUCAUUAGGUAUGAUAAAUAUUUUAUUUUAAAACUGGAUCAGUUAUAGAUACACUUUAUUUUUUUUAUUUUUUUUUUUAUAUAAAUAUUCGUUUGACUAUUGUUCCUGAAGGACGGCAUGACAAGUGCUGAUUUUAUAGAUCACUUUUUAUAUAAAUACAUGCAGUGAGAAUUAAUUCAUUGUUGUAAAGAAUUUAUAGAUUCAAUCUUUCAAGUUCAUGGUUCUUCUCUAGCUCACACAAACAUGUAUUCCUGAUCCGAUAGUGUUAAACCUACCAUUUAGGUGGUUUCCCCCAACCCACUUUGCUCCCUCAAAAGCAUAUAAAACUCUCCUUAUUUCAAGUGCUGCGCUAGUCCGCCCCCUUGGUGACAUCAUCAGAAUUGCCUUAUUUUAACCAAACCAAUGCUUUCCCAUAGGGAAAGCAUUGGAUUGGCAAGGGGUGGAGCCAAGUGCCAUUUCAGCCAAUCAGCACCUCCUCGUAGAGAUUCAUUGAAUCAAUGCAUCUCUGAGGAAAAUUCAGCAUCCCCAUUCAGAGCAUGGAGACGCUGAACAGCGGCACUGCCCCAGGGAAGCACCUCCAGUGGCCAUCUGAGGGGUGAACCCUUGGAGGUGUUCCUAGGGGCAAUGUAAACACUGCCUUUUCUCUGAAAAGGCAGUGUUUGCAUUAAAAUGCCUGAAGCCAAUGAUUAUACGCACCAGAACAACAUUAAGUUGUAGUUUGUUCUGGUGACUAUAGUGUCCUUUUAAUAGUUUGCUCUAUUGCUGGGGGUACCAGGACUGGCUACUGCUCCCAUAACUACUAUAGUUGUCUCUAGUGGUUAUGAUGCUUGCAGUAUUCCAAAACUAUCUUUUUUUUUUUUGGCCACUCCCCUUUGACUAGCUUUGUGCUGUAGGAGGGUGGUUUCUGUGAGGCUGUAUGAUUUUUUUUUUUUUUUAUGGCCUGUCAGCUCUGCAGUCCCCAUAGAGCAGUCACUCUUUGGUGGCUUUGCUUGUGCUAUCUCACUUAUUAGUGAGUAAAAAUGAAUUAUCGCACAAAUAUUUAACAUUGGCGGGGGGGGUUGAAAAUGUAUAAAACUAUUCCCAAAAGACACUUUUAGUCAUAAUACAAAACGCUGCUCUUGUUACAGCUGCCUCCCUCAGGUCUCAUGCGUAGCUAUGACAUGACAUCCAGGGAAAAGGAAUAUGUAAGCUGCCCUCAACCAGCAUAGUGACUUUUUUUUUUUUUUUUUAAAUGAUGAAUAGGAAAAUAUAUUGAAAUAGACAUUACAGUGCCACUGUCUGCGUAUAUUGCAUCAUUUUGAAAGACCUCAGACUGUGACAUUGCUGCUGGUGGCCGAUAGCAGAGAAAGGUGAGGUUUACUUACCUUAACCUGUUCUUUACAGGCACUGUCAUCCUCUUGUGCUGCUGCCGCCAGGGACAAAUGUUGUUGCUGUACAAUCAAGCAUGCGCUAAUAUCUCUACAGCUUCUGACUUAAUCCACUAUCUAGAAGUGUCAGGAGUGUUUUAAAAAAAAAAGGGGAAAUACACGUCCCUACUUUGUUUCAUUAUAUCUUCUGAUUGGGUUUCUGUGAAUUUUUUUUUCUAAAUAUUCAUUUAUUUUUUUAUUGUAUGAUGAAAUUGCGAGUAUGGGUGGGGGCUUAACUUAUUUUCAGCUUUCCAAAAUGUUCUCAGGAAUUAGGUUUUACCUGUCAAAUAGGAUGAUAAUUGCAAAUAUCUCCCUUUACAUGUCAGAUCUAUAAAAGAAGAAAAAAAAGUUGUAUUCAUUCAUACAGUGCUGCUUUAACUGCACAUGAUAAAUGGGUGCAUAGAUUUGGUUGGAGGGGGUGGUGUAGAUUGACAAACUCCCUCUGCAUGUUGACUGGGUUUUAAUGCUGAAAGCACUGGGGAUAAGUGGUCUAUUAUGUAGUUGUGUCUGCGUUUGCACGUGCUGACACUGAAAAUCUGGCAUUAUGUAUUUUUUUUUUUUUUUCUCCCAAGCAGACACAAACCAUGGCAGCCCAAGGAGAACCUCAAGUGCAGUUUAAGGUAAUUUAAGAUUCUACAUUUUAGCUGUAUUUAAUGUUUCCCUGAUUAUCUGUAGAAACUUGUCUAAACCUAACUUCUGUUGUCUUUUGGUUUGCCCCCCUCCUUAGCUUGUUUUGGUUGGAGACGGUGGUACUGGUAAAACAACAUUUGUGAAGCGUCAUUUGACUGGUGAAUUUGAAAAGAAAUAUGUAGGUAUGUACAAUCUACAUUUUUAUUACUGCUUGGUUAAGUGGGAUAUUGGCAGUUGUUGAUUUAAAAGAACACUCAAAGUGCCAUAAUUGGUAAGAUAUUUGUGGUUAUGUUGCUUAGUGUUUCUUUAAAGACUUAGCAGUACUCUUAUAGGAAAAUAGAGUGUAUGGCUGAUCUCAUUUCAGGAUGUUAUCACUUUCUGUUUGCACUAAUAUUUUUCUUAAUCUGUGCCACAUUUUUCUUACUUGCUCAAUUCUUUAUUUUAAUUCCUGGUUGUUACCCAGUUGUCUUAUUUUGUGAAUAUAACAAAUGGUAAAAUAAACGGUGAGGGGCAGGAAUAAAGUGUCAUUAAGGCUGAUAGUUGCAUUGCAAUAUAGGUUGAAAAAACAAACAAAUGCAUAAUGGUGGCAAAACGGUUUUAAACAUAAAAUAUGCAUUUGCUAUAAAGUCAAUGCAACAAUAACUUUUUUUUUUUUUAAAUAUAAAACUUCCUUAGUACCAAAAGUUGGUUUAACUGUUGCUGGAAUGUAGCAACUUAACUUCUUUCCACUCUGGACCAACCUCUGACAUCCAGGAUCAUGUGGGAAAGACCUCUCCUACUCCAGAGAGCGUAGCAGGAACAGCUCUUACAAGAGCUAGUAGUGAUAUAGCAGUUCCCCUCCAAUCAUGAGACAAGGCUACGUGUUGAGGGUAAAACAGGAACUCAAUAUUAAUGGAGGCACACUGGCCUUUGAUGCAAGUUUCCCAACAAAGGUGACGCCCAGGUGGACCUUGUUGGGAACAGGGACACAACGUUUACAAGCCAAUAAAAACAAUGUGACCAUGAAUGAUACUCCCACAUACAGUACACAAUCCCUCCCCUCUGCCUGUGAUAAAAUUAAGGUAGAUAAUGGAUUAAUGUAAUUAUCCCCAAGCAGAAAAAAAACACAUUUUUAUUAAGUACCCCAAAACACAGCAUAACCCCAUAAAUGUUACAUCCCCUGAUAACUCUGAUCUGGGUGAACAACAUAUUCAGAAAUUUUUUGAAAGUCAUAUUUUUGCACAGGCAUGGUCCCAUGCCCAAAACAUGCCGAAAAUAGUUCCAGGGCAUUUGCGGCUAACUCCCCCUGAAGUCUACUUGCGGUUUUGGUCCAUGUGAACAAGAUGGUCGCCACCAUGUGUUCGAAUGGCGGCCACUUCUACUGUUCGGGAGUUUGAAGAUCCAUUUACAGUCCCAAUAGCCACAAAUAGGGAUUCUCUACCAAAAUAAAUUAAAGGGGCCAUAGUCACAGGAUAAAAGGGCUAGCAAGUAGUCCCUUCCAAACCCCACACCUCGCUCAGAAUAUGUUCUAGUUUUCUUUAAAACACAAGAUAAAGUAGGGACUAUUUUGUCUUAAUGUAUUUUUCCUAUGCCUGACAUUCUCUGACAGGGAGCUAAGGUCCGUUCCAUUUCCUGUGUCAGUUUUUUUCACAAUACUAAUCGUCCUCCUUUACACAGGAAAUUGAGUUGACUUAAGCUCCUCUGUUUUAAAGCAAGUAAAAAAAAAAAAACCAUAAGGCAAAUUAGAUGUAUAUGGUUUCAUCUUGAAACAUUACACAUAUUGAGUAAUCUACACCUUUGUGUCUGGGGCAAGUUACACUUCCGCUAUAGCGGUGACAAGGGCCCUUUCCACAGCUAAUAAAUGGGUAACAAUUUAUUUGCUUACCAUAAUCUCGCUCCUCCAUUGACGUCAGCUCCAGAGUUUAGCCGAAUGCAGAGUUUAGAGGCGCGCACUCAUUCAAACCCGCCUAUAGGAAAGGUAUGUGUGCACAUCAUAGUACAGCAAAGGAAAGUUGUGCUGUAUAAACACAGCAAUAGGUUUUAGUGUUCAAGCAAAGAGGAAACAAGUGUAUAUAGCAUAGUUUUGGUGAUUUAGAGGUGUCAAUAUAAAAACUGCCUAGUUUAUUCCUGUUGGCAAAAUGCCAAGUAGAGGCACUUGUGCAACUCUUAAAAGAACAAUGAAGGGGAGUUUGGGGUAUUUUAACCCCUUAAGGACACGUGACAUGUCAUGAUUCCCUUUUAUUCCAGACGUUUGGUCCUUAAGGGGCUAAGCACAGCUACUGUAAAAAGCUUGUAACUUGUUUUCAGAAAACUAAUGUACUAAAUGUAGAACUGAAUAUAAUAUAUACUACUAUAUAAUUUUAUUGUAAAUUUGAGAAGAUAGUCAUGCACUGACUAUAAAUCACUUGCAAAUUAAAAUUUUGUUAUUUUGAGAGAUUUCACAUACAGGAAAUUGUGUAUUGCUACUUUAGAGACUUGGAAUUUCUAUGGAACAAAUGGCAUGGCACGAGUGAAAUGCCUCAAUAGUAUAGGGACUCUCAAACUACUUGCUGGAAAAAAUUAUUUAUCAUAGAAGCUUUUUAUUUAAAAAACAAAAAAGCUUGUAUACUAGGCAUCCAUUUAACCUUUUUUCCUUUACCCCAAUAGCCACGCUUGGUGUCGAAGUUCACCCUCUGGUAUUCCAUACUAACAGAGGUCCUAUUAAAUUCAAUGUGUGGGAUACCGCUGGUCAAGAGAAGUUUGGUGGUCUGCGAGAUGGUUAUUAUAUUCAAGGUAAACUGUAACAAUAUAGAUUAUUUUCUUGAUGUUGGCUCUUGAGUAGAGGUUAACUUAAAACAGUGGAAGAUAUUUAACACUUGGUCUUUUCUACAGAUGAUCUCGACUUUGGUUUUUCAGCAAUAUCCAGUUUUUGCAAUUAAGUUUUUGUCCAAUGCCUGAAAUAUGACAAGCUUACAUGUAAUCCAUAGUGAUGAAUGCUCAAGUAGUCAAUCUUCACUACUAUAUGGAAAGUCUGCUUAUUCAAAGUAAUCAACAUAUACAGCAGGGGCAGAGAGAAAUAGUAUACGUGAUCAUUUUCUUGAUAUUUGCUACUUUUCCCGUGUAUUUCUAUUCUGUGCAUGCAUGUCCUCUUCAAAGGCUGUCUUCUUCUUGUUUCCAUAAACGCUAUCAACAUUACAACUUAAUGCUUUCAUGAGUUGAUCACUGGCAUGAUUUACUACUAGGUUGUCAAUAACCAUGGUCUUUAAUCUCCUGUUUUACAGCCCAGUGUGCCAUCAUAAUGUUUGACGUUACAUCCAGAGUCACAUACAAAAAUGUACCAAAUUGGCAUAGAGAUCUUGUAAGAGUAUGUGAAAACAUCCCUAUUGUCCUCUGUGGCAAUAAAGUGGACAUAAAGGACAGAAAAGUCAAAGCAAAAUCAAUUGUGUUUCAUAGGAAGAAGAACCUUCAGGUGAGUUACUGGGUUUGCAUGACUUUUAGUAUGAGUUGUUAGGUUGUUUAACACUUGUUCAUAACUAAUGUUUGGGAAGUUUACUCUAAAAACAUUUAUUUUAUUUUUUGUACAAAGCUGUAAGUACAGAUUAAUGGAACCAUAUAGCAUUUGGAAUACAGGUUUAUACUACACACUAGAGUACCCUAGUCCCAAAUUGGACUAGGGUGCAGCUGGGCCUUCCACUCGGCUGUUGCCUGUUCCACCUCUUCUAAAGUAAUUGUGGGGGCAUUGCUUCCUUGGCAAUAAUCCAAUUCUCCUCAUGGAAGAGCAUUGUGGACAAGGUAAGUGCCACAGGCAUCCAAUCAAGUGUUUCUCAAAGCAAUUCAUUCGAGGCUUUUCUUUGAGCUGCAGAUGUUCAACGUCGUCCUGGAGUUUCACUGGGUUGUUGCAGAGAAAGAGUCCAUAGUGGAUGCCUGGAAGACAGCCAUCAUAUUUGUGUUUGGCCCUACAAUAUAAACAUUGCAGUUUCUCCAAUACACUGCAACGUAUUACAUUGUUGUGUUUAAAACUAUAUGGUCGCUGCACUUUGAGAUUUAGUGGUCCUUUAAUCUCAUAUCUAGUCUUCCUGGCUGAGAUCAUGUGUAAGCAUAUUUUUGCUAGAAGUGAUGUGAAGAUCUGUUUAAAUACCUUGUAUGGUUUUCUUAUUUAAAUAACCUGAAUUGACACUGACAUGGGAUCUGCCUUUGUUUCUAGUACUAUGACAUUUCUGCAAAGAGUAAUUACAACUUUGAGAAGCCCUUCCUUUGGCUUGCCAGAAAACUGAUAGGAGAUCCCAAUCUUGAGUUUGUAGCCAUGCCUGCUCUAGCACCACCAGAGGUUGUUAUGGAUCCAGCAUUGGCAGCACAGUAUGAGCAAGAUUUACAGGUAAGCCAACUUAAGUAUAUAGCUAUAUUUUGUGAAUCUGUAUGUCAAUCACUUAUGGCAAGCAACUUUUAAACCCUAUAUAACCACUACAGCCUCUUGCAGUGGUAAUUUGUCCAAUGGCUUUUUACAGGAUUGGUGCUAAUGCUGUAGUGGUUAUGGUGAUUGGAAUGUUCCUUUAACAUUUCAGUUUUUGCUUAUGUAGCAAAAGUAGUCCUUUAUUGUACUUUAACAUUUUAAAUGUGUAAAACUUUCAUAGUGCCUUAAAUUGGAUAAUUUACCAAUUUGUAAGGUUCUUUCUUGUGAUAAAUCCACAUGGUAUGGAAAGAAGAAUUACUGAUCGCCCAAAACUUGGACGUAUUAUUUGUUUGAAACCAAAUGCACAGGUCUAACAUAUGGUCUAACUGGAAUAUUUGCUUAUUACUAUGCAGAAAAAUGUGCAAUAAAGAUCCAUGAUACAGAUUAGUAAUUUUUUUUUGAUUAAGCUGAUACCAAAAAACUUGUUAAACUUGAUGAAAAAGCAGACAAAUAUGGAUUUCAGAUGCAGGAAUUCUAAUCUAAUGACUAAAUAUUUUCUCAGAUUGCUCAAACCACUGCACUGCCAGAUGAAGAUGAUGAUCUGUGAGGCGAAUGAAGCUGGAGCCCAGCGUCAGAAGUCUAGUUUUAUAGGCAACUGUCCUGUGAUGUCGGUGGUGCAGCGUGUUUGCCACUUUAUUAUCUAGCAGAACAUGUGCUUAAUCUUUUUGGGAUGCUGAAGGAGAUGAGUGGGCUUCGAGUGAAUGUGGCAGUUCUGAAAAAAAAUUCCUUACUUCAUAUUUUGGACCUGCAUAUUUAGCUGUUUGGGACUGCAAAUACUCUUCCCUCAAGUUACAAUCUAAGUUAAGACUGCUACAGUCGCAUCACAAUAUUCAGUGGUAAACUUUUGUUUGUUACUGUCAUUCCCAUACCUUUUUUCGUUUAGAUCAUAAUAAAGUUGUAUUUCGAAUACCACUGCAAGUUACAUUCCUGUUUAAAUGUAUGCAUUAAUUUUUUUUAAACAUAAAUUAAAGGUCUCCUAAUACAUGACAUUACAACAUCCCUUUGUAAGCUCCUCACUGUAAAAUGCAGGGUUUCAAACUUCAUGAGCUUUUGAGUAGAAAUAAAGCCAAGGGGUGUGUUUAUACACAUUUUUAAACUUUUUUUUUUUUUUUUGCCAUGUAAUCACAUUGUGCUUGAUUACAAUUAUGUUGUCGAAAGGCAGCUGCACAAAAUGUAUUACAAGGUCUAGCUUGCAUCAGCAUGCUAGCAAUUGAGGUACUGCUUAUCACUUGGGGUGCAUAGGGACUGCCCUGUCUAUUCAAUGGUAAUUAUUCAGAAAGGCUUGCAGUGAAGAGUAGCUCCUAGAACUGGCUAGAAAGUUUGAACAUAGUCAGUUGGCUUUCAAAUAUAUAGAUUCGACGAUUUUGAAGUUGUUUACUACCCUUUUGACCUUUUCCAUGCACAUGACCUGGCAUUGCAAUUUAUGGGACAAUUUUUACAAAAGAUGUGCUGUAACUACCUAUGUGCUUUGGGAUAAAACUCCGUGCUAGCACAAAGGUAGGGAAACUAGAUUUUCAGAUGCAUUCUAAAUUUCUACAUGUAGGGUAUCAAUGUAAAAUGUUGGGUUAUGGAGACUUUCAAAGCAGUGAUGUCAACUUGAAACUCCUUAUACAUAUAUAAUCUUUAUAAAAACAAAU